AUGGCCGGGCUGGGGUUUUGGGGCCACCCUGCUGGACCUCUCCUGCUCCUGCUGCUGCUGCUGCUGCCACCCCGGGCCCUGCCAGAAGGACCACUGGUGUUCGUGGCUCUGGUAUUCCGCCAUGGCGACCGGGCCCCGCUGGCCUCCUACCCCACGGACCCACACAAGCAGGUGGCCUCCACCCUGUGGCCACGAGGCCUGGGCCAGCUGACCAGGGAGGGGGUCCGCCAGCAGCUGGAGCUGGGCCGCUUCCUGAGGAGCCGCUAUGAGGCCUUUCUGAGUCCCGAGUACCGGCGGGAGGAGGUGUACAUCCGCAGCACGGACUUUGACCGCACACUGGAGAGCGCGCAGGCCAACCUUGCCGGGCUGUUUCCCGAGGCUGCUCCAGGGAGCCCCGAGGCCCACUGGAGGCCGAUCCCAGUGCACACGGUGCCCGUGGCUGAGGACAAGCUGCUAAGGUUCCCCAUGCGCAGCUGUCCCAGAUACCACGAGCUGCUGCGGGAGGCCACCGAGGCCACCGAGUACCAGGAGGCCCUGGAGGGCUGGACGGGCUUCCUGACUCGCCUGGAGAACUUCACGGGGCUGUCGCUGGUUGGAGAGCCGCUGCGCAGGGCAUGGAAGGUUCUGGACACACUCAUGUGCCAGCAAGCCCAUGGUCUUCCACUACCAGCCUGGGCCUCUCCAGAUGUCCUGCGGACCCUUGCCCAGAUCUCAGCUUUGGAUAUUGGAGCCCACGUGGGCCCACCCCGGGCAGCAGAGAAGGCCCAGUUGACAGGGGGGAUCCUGCUGAAUGCUAUCCUUGCAAACUUCUCCCGGGUCCAGCGCCUGGGGCUGCCCCUCAAGAUGGUCAUGUACUCAGCU